CGAAAGUUAUUUGAUGUCGCAUUCUGUGGAGGCUGUUGAUUUUACAAAAGGGUCUAAAGGGUGUCUCAUUGGAACAGACAUUAUCUAUUAUUCACAAAUAUGAAAAAAAUUCACAUACACUUGCAUAUAGCGCGUCCUAAGAUCACCUGCUCCGCCAGGAUUGGAUAUUUAACAUGCGGGAAGAGGAGGGACGACGGAGAUACACACUCCACACUCACUCAAAGCUCGAAUCACUGUAGUAAUGUUCUCCAGUGUGUAACAGGCAGAUGGGAGAGGAAAAGUGUCGGGUCGGUCUCAUAACGAGACAUGUUACUACUGAAACCUGGAGCAAGAAGUCUUAAAGUCACAUACCUAUUUUUGACAGUCGAAUGCAUACUGUGAGAGUCCGAGUGUGGAAAAGAAAUAAGGUUGUUUUAUGAAUGACUGAAAUGAUGAAAUGAUACCAAGAGCAGUGACUUUAUCAGAGAUCAAAGAGGUAGGCGAUGAUUCAUCUCCUGUGAAUCAUUAACCCUUGUUCUGAAAAGGAGUACAAACUCAAGUUUAAAGAUGUCUGUCAGUAAUCAUGAAAACCGAAAGUCAAGGUCAAGCUCUGGGUCUAUGAACAUUCAUCUGUUCCACAAGACGUCACAUGCAGACAGUCUGCUUACUCAACUCAACCUCCUCCGCAAGCGACGGGUCUUCACCGAUGUUGUGUUGCAUGCUGGACAUCGGGCUUUCCCAUGCCAUCGGGCGGUGCUGGCCUCAUGUAGUCGCUACUUCGAGGCCAUGUUCAGUGGUGGAAUGAAAGAGAGCCGUGAUGCUGAGGUCAACUUCCAUGACUCUAUUCAUCCAGAGGUGCUGGAGCUUCUGCUAGACUAUGCCUACUCCGCCCGGGUCAUCAUUAACGAGGAAAAUGCUGAGUCUCUGCUGGAGGCCAGCGACAUGCUCCAGUUCCAUGACAUCCGAGACGCUGCUGCUGAGUUCCUGGAGAAGAACCUGCAUCCGUCCAAUUGUCUUGGGAUGAUGCUUUUGUCCGAUGCUCAUCAGUGCCAGAGAUUGUACGAGCUUUCUUGGCAUAUGUGCCUGGCGAAUUUUGCUAAUCUGUACCUCACAGAGGACUUCCUGAGCCUGCCAAAAGAUAAAGUCCAGGAGCUCAUUUUUAGCGAGGAGUUGGAGGUAGAGGAUGAAAGUAUUGUGUAUGAGGCUGUUAUUGACUGGAUAAAAGCAGAUAUCGGGAGGAGACAUCUUGAUCUCCCUGACCUUCUGCGGUGUGUUCGCCUCGCACUGCUCCCAGAGACCUACUUGCUAAAGAAUGUUGCAUCCGAGGAGCUAGUCAUGGGGCACAAGGUGGGCCGUGAGAUUGUGGAAGACGCCGUCUGUUGCAAAAUGAAGAUUCUUCAGAACGACGGAGUUGUCACAGGCCUCUGCGCCCAACCCCGGAAGGUUAGCCAAGCCCUUCUGCUUCUAGGGGGCCAAACAUUCAUGUGCGACAAAGUUUACAUGAUUGAUCACAAAACAAAGGAGAUCACACCAAAAACUGACCUCCCCAGUCCACGCAAAGAGUGUAGCGCUUGUGCCAUUGGCUGCAAAGUAUACAUUACAGGUGGACGAGGGUCUGAAAAUGGGGCUUCAAAAGAUGUUUGGGUCUAUGACACCUUGCAUGAUGAAUGGUCCAAAGCUGCUCCAAUGCUCGUUGCUAGAUUUGGACAUGGCUCAGCAGAACUUGACCACAUCUUGUAUGUUGUGGGUGGACAUACAUCCAUUGCAGGAUCAUUUCCUGCAUCCCCAUCUGUGUCACUUAAACAAGUGGAACAGUACAACCCACAGUCCAAUAAGUGGACAUUAGUAGCUCCUCUUCGAGAGGGUGUGAGCAAUGCUGCUGUUGUAGGCGCCAAAAACAAGCUCUUUGCCUUUGGCGGUACUAGUGUCAACAGGGACAAGUAUCCCAAGGUCCAGUGCUUCGACCCCUGUGAAAACAGGUGGACUGUCCCCGCCACUUGUCCUCAACUCUGGCGUUACACAGCAGCGGCGGUUGUUGGCAACCAUGUUGUUGUCAUUGGUGGUGACACCGAGUUCUCUGCGAGCUCAGCUUAUCGCUUCAACAGCGAGACAUUCCAGUGGACCAAGUUUGGGGAUGUCACUUCCAAAAGAAUCAGCUGUCAUGCAGUGGCAUCAGGGAAUCGGCUAUAUGUGGUCGGGGGCUACUUUGGGGCGCAGAGGUGUAAAACCUUGGACUGCUAUGACCCCUCUACGGACUCAUGGGACAGCAUAACUAGUGUGCCAUAUUCACUUAUCCCAACAGCGUUUAUCAGCACCUGGAAGUACCUCCCAUCUUGAAGAAAAUAUGUCCCUUAUUUGAUCUUUGCCGUUCUCUGGAAUGCAGCUGAGUGAUCCCCCAUAAGGCUUUGGAAUGUCGGGGGAGGCAAUUUUCCUACUUCACAUUCACAUGGACAUGGAAACCAAGCCUUAGGUCAGGGUAAAUGACGGAAGGGGAUCCAUGGCAACCGGAGCCUAUCCCAGCUCACUUCCCUUUGCCACAGCAACAUCACUGCAAAUGUUCUGCCUGUAGCCACCAAUGCAAAAAUACUGUAAACAGAUGUGUACAUAAACUUUAGACUUUAUUUAGGUUCCACUAUUCAAGAGUGCAACGGCUUUAGUUUGCAUUUUAAACAUCUUGCUCACUCACAUGGAUCCUUUGUGUUCAUAAAUUAAUCAUUAACUCUUGCCUCUGGUUACUCACUUGGUACAUAAAUUAUUACAUAGGACUAUUCAAAACACUUCCUGCAUCUGCACUGUAUUCUGGUUUAGAGGUAUAACCGAUAUAUUGGUUUUAACUAUUAAUCGGUGCCGAUAGUUGCUUUUUAGGAUUAUCGGUUAUUGGCAAAAAUUCCCCAUUGUGUUUCGUGCUUGUUUAUACUUAAAAGUCCCACAUUAUGUACCAAAUCUUAAUGUUUUCUAGUUAUUAUUAGGAUUCUGGUUGAACAAAAAACUGAAUCUGGGAUUUUAUUAAUUUUGGACUCUUUUUCUUAUCCCACCAUAAUAAAGAAAGUAUAAGAUUUUUUUUAUUUAUUUUUUUUACAUUCUAUAAAUCAAUUUGAAAAACUGUCGGCUGAUGAAUUGGAUAUCGGCCUUUCCCAUCACCUUAGUUAUCGGUAUCGGCAAAACUACUAUCGGUUAGGGUUGGGAACCGAGAAUCGGUUCCAUUCUUUAAAAAAUACCCGAAUCGUAUGAUCUUUGUGACUUUCGGUUCUGUUAACAGCUCUCCAGCUUGCAGUUUUCCACCGAUAUGGCUGGAACACCGUCCUCAAAUACUCUGACAGUGUUUCCAGCAGCGCAUCGCUGCUCUCGACUGACUCUACAAUCGAACGAGUCUCGAGCCGGCUCUUUUUACAGCGCAAAACAUAUGCGCUUCCGGUACAGUUCAAUUCCUGAAAUAAUUAUUCAAAGGAGCCGGUUCUUUUGAAUCAACAGCGCAAAACAUAUGGUGCUUCCGGUAUAGUCAGAUCCCGAAAGAACCAUUCCAAUGUAUAAUUAAAGAUACACUAGUUUUGUUGUAAUAAGUGGAAUUUUAUAAAAUAAUAAAUGAAUUAAUGAAAUGUACCAUCACAUUUGUUGGUUUAGAUUUCUUUAUUUAAAAUAGAGUAAGGAUCUAUUAUUGGAUUGCAUUUAAGUCUGCAAACACACCUUUUACAAGAACUGUUUUAAAUGUGUUUCUGAUUUGUUAUAUCUGCUCUGAAGAAAUCUUUUUGGUAAAAAUUAUUUGGUAACAGACAGCAGAGGGUAGUAAAUGCAAUAAGAAUUGCAUUUCUCAUUUCUAAAGUACUAAAAGAAUUACUGGAAUUGUUACUGGAAUCGUUAAGAGGAAUCGAUAUUGUAAAAUUCCUUACUAUUCCCAACCCUACUAUCGGUCAACCUCUGUUCUGGUUAUCAUGGUAGUAGGCUGACUGGUUGAAUCAUACAAAACCUGUCAAGAUUAUAUUUGGGUCAUUUUUACCCCAAAAUUAAAAAGAUAGGUACAAGAAAUUACAUUUGGUAUAAAGACAAUAAAAACUGUUUUUGGACCAAUAUUUUACAUUUUGCAUUUUGACUAUUUUCAUGACAGUUAAGCACAUUUUCCCCCUAAAUUACUAUAAUGCUAAGAAUAAUGAGAUAUUAUUUAAAUUGUAAAUAAGCAUUAGUAACAAAUGACUGUAUUGCAGUACUAAAAAUCACCAUCGAGAACAACUGGAAAUAUACAAAAGCACAAUUUCUGGACACAUUACGAUAAUGAGAAUUUGUGGGAAAAUGUAAAAUAAAUGUUGUGAUGCAAAAAAAAAUAUUGAUCCUAGUUUUCUUUAUGCAAUAAAACAAUUGGAAAAAAAUACAAUUUCUUUCGAUCUUUAGGUAAAAUACAACCCGGACAUGUUUCCGACUAUUGAGUAAAGCUUAGUUUACAGUGUGAAUGACAUUUAUUGAAAAGCUUUGACUCAAACAUUGUUUAAACUAAAAGUUUUUUGUUUAACAGUCUCUCCUCAGAGUGUACAAAAAUCUAGCUAACUUUAUAAUUGUGGUUGCUGUACAUGUAGCUUUAAUUAUUUUCUAUGGUUGUAUGUACAUUUGUGAUAUUUUAUUAUGUAGAUUUUGCACAUUUUCUUAAGACGCUGGUUAUCUACACUCAUAAUGGUGUUUUUCUAAAAAUGUUAGACAUUAGAAUGUGUUGCCCGAGGCCAAAGAAAGCAGCACAGAUGUUGGACAUGUUACCAGCUAAAAGUUGCAUUUGCAAAUUUGUUAUUUUGUGUUGUUAAAUGUCUUAAUUUGUUGUUUAAGUGAACAAGUAUAUAAUAUUUUUAAUAUCACUGUUUUUAGCAUUUUUUUGUUUAGUUUUUUAAUGUUGCCAUUUUUAACAUGAUCAUAUUUGAUUUAACGCCAAAUAUAAUGUCUUUCUAACUUCUUCCAGUAAGACGAUAAUGUUUUUUAAAUAAAAUAUGUCUGUGAAAAUGAUAAGCAAGUGUCUUUAGUCCUUGUUCUGUUUAAAAGACCCAUGAAAUGGCUUGACGCAUGCAGUUUUCUGUUAUGUAUUGACACAUUUCCUGUUAAAACAGGAAGCUUGGACAGGACAUAUUGAGGGGAUCUUUGAU